AUGGAUGAUACAAGCCAAGAAUUCCAAGUGCUCUUCAGCGCCAUGUCCGCCUUCGUGACAGACUGCAUGUCGGGCCAUGACCCGUCGCACAACCCAGCACAUGUUCACAGAGUGGUGGCACUCGCGAAUAAAAUCCUGAAAGCAGAGCGCGUCUUGAACCCGACAACACAAUACGAUGGAGCAGUCGUCAAGCUGGCUGCACUCCUGCACGACAUUGGAGACAGGAAGUACUUGUCAAAAUUGGACGCAACACCUGGUAGUGAAGCUCCAGAUCCAGCAACUAUGGUCCAGUAUGCUCUGCUUGCACGUGGUGCAUCGUCAGAGUUGGCGUCCCGCGUUCAAACGAUCGUGUCGCAUGUGUCCUAUACCACCGAGUGCAAGGAUCCGUCUGCGAUCCGCCGGUUGAUCGACGAAGAAGGCUUCGUGGAGCUUGGAGUUGUGCAGGAUGCAGACAGGUUAGAUGCUAUCGGAGCCAUCGGUAUUGGGAGGUGUUUCACUUUCCUUGGUGCUGUCGGGAAGAAAUAUUGUGUUGAUGGCAAAUGGGAGAUGGAUAAUUCCAUCGAACAUUUCGAGGAUAAGCUGAUCAAGCUUGAGGGGAUGAUGAAGACUUCCACGGGACGAGAGAUGGCCAAAGUGCGGACGGAGAGAUUGAAGGUCUUUGCGGGAUGGUGGGAAGAAGAGAUGAGUUUGACCUCUGCUUGA